AUGGAACAGACAACAGCAAAAAAAAGUACCAAAUCAGCUGCGGCAAAUGCACGUCAAACCUCGUACGAUGACUAUUACUAUACUCCAACUCCUGCAAUGAUCGAAGCCGCGAAACAAGAUUACGCAUUACGCGUUUACGCUUUUACACAAAAUCAAUUAAUACGUGCUAAAUCUGAGAGUAACAGCGAAAAACAGCAAACCGAAUACAAAUUUACAUCGAUACCUGAAUACAAAUGCAAGUUGACUAUAUGGUAG